AUGGGAUCAAGCUUCCGUGGUUCUCCUCGGUGCAGCUCAAAUUCCUUCAUCAAUCGCAAGGGGCAGUGGUCACCUCCAAUUACGAAUUCCGCAAUUGAACCGGGCUCUCGCCAGCAAGUUGCUGGUCCCCGACAGUGGUGUGGGUGGAAACAGACACGGAGCUUUACAAAGGCCAAUCGACCAUCUACCAGUAACAAGGAGAAGACAGAAGAGCUACUGGAGAGUUUCGAGGUCAGGGAGGAUGAGCACGAUACUCAGCCUCAGCGCCAGGUGCUUGAGGAGGGUAGGCGGCGGUCUCAGUCGGGGACCCAGACAGAUCAAUGGUCAGAAGGGAUAACACAAGGGAAGAUGUUGACGACGCCUUCCCGGCUCUUUAAAUUGAUUAUCCCCUUGACCAUUGUCAGCAAUCAAGGCCAAGAUAAGGGCAUCGAGCCUAUUGCCAUACUGGUUCACCCGCAGCAGCCACUCUCAUAUCUGGAGCGGUUGAUCCAGUCAGAAUUGCCGCCCAUCGAAGGAGAAAGGGAGAGGCUUCGGCCACCAGCAGUGUCAUUUAUCGCGCUGCAACAUGAGGACAAUGCAAUCAAGCCCAAAAAGCGAAUUGAAGAUGACCAUGAGCUGGAAGGCGAUAAAGAGCCCCACCUCAGCGGGCCAGCUAGCGAGAACCACGGCUACCCGCGGCGGGCCGACCCAGAUGUGGAUUCCAGUGACGCAAAUGCUGAUCGAUUCGUGCGGUGGUCCCAGGCCACGGAGGUGGGCGAUUUCAUCCGCGACGCAGCUCGCACGCGCGAGUUCAUUGUGACGAUCGAGGGCGCGCCGUCUGGACUCGGACAUAUCCGUGUGGCGGUGCCGUCGUUCAAUGAGCGCACGUAUUUCCUGCGGAUGCGGCUGCGCAAGCUUUCGCGCCGAAUUCAGCGCAUCGCCGAGGUCAAACAAACCUGCGAUUCUCUCGCCCACCGCGGCGCGCAACGUGUGGCUAUUGGCGGUUUCGGCAUUCUGUCCACGUGGUGGUUCACAGUCUACAAACUCACAUUCGAGACGGACCUCGGUUGGGAUACCAUGGAGCCGGUGACGUACCUAGUCAGUUUGUCGACGCUGAUGGGCGGUUACUUGUGGUUCCUGUACCACAAUCGUGAGAUCUCAUACCGGUCCGCGCUGGACUUUACUAUCAGCGCACGCCAAAAGAAGCUCUACCAGCUCCAUCACGUCGAUCUUCACAUGUGGGAGUCACUCAUUGACGAGGGGAACCUGCUGCGCCGCGAGAUCAAGAGCAUUGCCGCUGAAUACGACGCCGAGUGGGACGAGCGUGCCGACGAGCAGGAUGACCGGGUGACCAAAGUGCUCAGGUCGGAGCGUCGUCAGAAGAAUGGCAAGGGCCAGCGCGGGGAAGAUAAAGAUGGCCAUGAUGACGAUUAA